AUGGCAACAUCAGCUCAAGAAACACCUGCUCGCAUGAGCAGCGACAGCAUCACCACCACAAGCGCCGUUGCACGCCAACACAGCUCUUCAAGAAGAAGCAAAUCCUCUUCACCAGAACGCAAAGCCGAAUCUUCUCGUCCCGUCGGUCAAUCCUUCCUCUUCCCAUCGGGAGAACAAGCAAAGUCGUGGCAAGACAGCUACCUCUUCGAGCUCCUUGGCGAGCGUGGAGCCCAAAUGUACGAGACUACUGAGAAGGGACAGAACGUUCAGCUCAGCGAUAUCGAACAAGUGACCAAGGCUCAGGAGGAGCAGCAGCGUGCUCACGACCAUGCUGCCAUCCCAAAGACGCUCGGUUGGAAGGGCGCCUUUUUCAACCAGGUCGCUUACGCUAUAGCACUCGGCAUUCUCAGCAUCCCUCUUGUAGCCGUCUCGCUCGGUGUCGUACCCUUUAUUCUGCUCACCUUUCUCUUUGCCUACAUCUGCUGGUACACUGGCUACCAGUACUGGAGGCUCAAGAUGCGUUUCCCUGGUGUCCAGAACCUUCAGGAUGCCGGUUUCCUCAUGUUCGGCCCUUGGGGUGCUCGCUUCCUCGGUGCUGCUCAGUUGAUCUUCUCCAUUUUCUUGCAGGGUAACCACGUCUUGCUCGGUGGACAGGCCUUCUACAUCCUCGGAUGGCACUCGUGUGCUAUUGCUCUUGCUUUCGUUUUUGCAGUCAUCUCGUUCUUGUUCACGCUGCCUCGAUCCUACAAGCUCUUCUCUAUCUCGGCUUUUGUUUCUUUCACAUCGAUCGUCGUUGCCGUAAUCUUUGCUAUGAUUGCUAGUGGCAUCACCGGUCCCCAAAAUGCUCCUGCCAAUGCGCCACCCAUCAAGGUCGUUGCCUUUGGUCCUGCUCCUGGUGUCAAGGUCGAUUUCCUCACUGGCUUCCUCUACGUCCUCAACCUUUUCGUCAGUUUCGGUGCUAUUCCAAGCUACCUGCCCAUCAUCUCGGAGAUGCGCAAACCCACCGACUUCAAGAAGAGUCUUUCCCUCCUCGUCGGUGUCCAGCUUGUCCUCUACCUCCUCGUCGGUGGCGUCAUCUACAACAACCUUGGCCAGUACACCACCUCGCCAUCUCUGAACAGCUUGUCAUACACCACCAGCAGAAUCGCUUAUGGUCUUGCCUUGCCCACCAUCCUCAUCGCAGGUUGCGAGAGUGGUCAAGUCGCAAACAAGCAUCUCUACAUUAUCUUCUUCCGCUCUCGUCCUCAGCACAUCCACAACUCGACUACUCUUGGCUGGAUCGUCUGGACCCUUAUCAACGCUGUCACCUGGGUCCUGGCUUUCAUUUUGGCCGAGUUGAUCCCCUUCUUCUCCUCCUUCCUUGGUUUGGAGGCUGCGCUAUUCUGGUCACUGUUCACCGGGCUGAGUGCUGUUAUGUGGUUGUACUUGAAUCAGGGAAGAUGGACAGAGUCGUGGCGUAAGGUGUCGGGCAUGGUUACUGCUCUGACUAUCAUUGCCAUUUCGGCGGUCAUCUGCGUGGCGGGUGUUUGGGCGAGUGCGAUCUCGAUCAGGGACACGUACCACUCAGGAAGCGUCGGCAGUCCUUUCUCUUGCACUUCGGUUUCCUAA